AAGGCCUGCACACACCUGUGCAAUCAGUCUCCUGGCCAUUCCCAAAACCUGGUCCCAGGAUUGGAGAUUUCAUCCCUCCCAGAUCUCUUUGAAAUCUCCAGGCUCCAGAUCCCAAAACAGACUUUACAAACAAAGGAGGAAAGUAAAAAGCCACUUUCCUCCGUAUCAAACACAUACCCUGGAGCCCCUCAACCUGCCUUGUUGAGAAUCCAGGGCGACAGAUCGCCACACUGUCACAUAGUAUAAAUAAAAUUAAUAUCUGCAAAGCAAACUUGAAAAAUUAGAAUAUCGUGCAAAAGUUCAUUUAUUUCA